AUGGUAAGGUGGAGCCGGUUGAUCAAUAGCGAUGGCUCAGACCGCAGACACAGAGUGCAAGAUGAGAUGAGCGCACUCCUACCUACAGCGCGCCGUCGUGACCAGCUGCCACCCCCGCCCAUUGACCCCAAAGAUGUCACCAUAGUCGCCCUGCGCCUCAAACACCAGAUCGAACAAGUCAUACCCUGCGAACUUGAGGAGGAGCAGGUCACCAAGCCCCACAGCUCCAUCAUCACCAAUGCUGUCCUGGAGACGGCAAGGCAAGCCGGCGCACCCCAGCACAAUGCCUGCGUCGUCUUUUGUCUGUUGGUAGUCAAGAAGUGGUUCAAGAAGCAAGCUGUGGCCGAGCUCUGGGAUGCCGACCUUCACAAUGUGCGCGCGGUGGCCGCCGAGAUGAUGGCCAAGCGUCUCAUCGAAGCCGAAGAGGAUACCCACUAUCUCUUUGAAGAGGUCCUUCUCAAGCGCUACUCGCACCUUGUCAACGGGGAACCAACCGUCCCUACCAACGCCAUUGAAAAGGCCGUCGAUCUCCACGCGCUGACCGUCAUCGGUUCCUCGGGCUAUCAGAAAUGCAUAUCCUACCUCUGGCGUGGCUGGGUCGUCCAAGACGACGACGACCCUUCGCGCUUUGUAAACUACGAAAACAAGACCAACACCAGUUACUGGGCGCACAUGGAUCCGGAUCGUAUGCGUGUACCCCGCUAUCAGAACUUUGUGCAAAUCGCCAUUUCCGUCAUCUUCCUUGGCUUGUAUACUGGUGCCAUCAACACCAUCAAUCCCAUGGGCGAUUUGGACGUGGUGGAAGGCCUGCUGUACAUCUUCACAGUCGGCUUCAUAUGCGAUGAGGCGAACAAGUUCCGGAAAGUAGGACGGUACUAUGUCUCCUUUUGGAACAUGUUCAACAGCACGCUGUAUGCCCUGCUCAGCGUUUCCUUCGUCCUGCGCAUGAUUGCUCUCUCCAAUGAUUUUGGCAGCGAUGCACGGCAGAUUUGGAACCGCAAGUCAUAUGACUUUUUGGCUUUUACGGCACCCAUGUUCUGGAUGCGCUUGUUGCUGUAUCUCGAUACUUUCCGCUUCUUCGGGGCCAUGUUGGUGGUGCUCAAGGUGAUGAUGAGGGAGAGUUUGAUCUUCUUUGCCCUGUUGGUUGUGGUCAUGGUCGGAUUCUUCCAGGCCUUUUUGGGUCUGGAUAUUGCAGAUGAUUCUUUGGCGGACGAUGUCCCCUUUGUCAUCCAAGCCAUGCUCAACGCUGUCAUGCAGAGUCCGGAAUUCGAAGGCUUCGACAACUUCAGCCCCCCCUUUGGAAUCAUCCUCUACUACAUCUUUACCUUUGUCGUCAUGGUCAUCCUCCUCAACAUCCUCAUCGCCCUCUACAACUCGGCCUACGAAGACAUUACCGAAAACGCAAUUGACGAAUACAUGGCCCUCUUCAGCCAAAAGACCAUGCAAUUUGUGCGCGCCCCCGACGAAAACGUCUUCAUCGCGCCCUUCAACCUCAUUGAAAUGUUCUUCUUGAUUCUGCCCUUUGAAUGGUGGAUGGAAUCCAAGCAAUACGAGCGACUCAACGACGCCGUCAUGGCCGUCAUCUACAGCCCUCUGCUCGUCAUCACCGCCUUUAUGGAGCAAAAAGAAGCCUGGGUCGUACGAGACAAUCGGCGCCGGGGCGAGGACGACGAGGACACGGUGCAGGAGUGGGAGGAGAUACUCGGUGAAUGCGACUUCGAGGCCGAUGGCUGGGAUAAGAAGGUGCAAAACACCCGGCCGAAUGUCGAGGUCGAGACGGCGGUGCUCGAGGUGCGUGCGCUGCGGAAAGAGGUUGCCGAGUUGAAGGACUUGUUGCAGGUGCUUGUGCUCGAGCGGAAUUCUGCUGGGACCGGCAAGGAGAAGGGCUGGGGUGGGGAGACGUUGGAGGAGAGUGGGUUGGGCCGGCUGGACGCGCGCAAUUUGGGUAUGAGGCGCGAGAGUGGGGGCCCAGCCGGAGCGGCUGCAGGGACGGCGGGAAGCAGUGAGGCAGGUGGGAGUGGAAAGGGCAGGGAUGAUCUCGCCUGUAUCCACGGCCAAAAUACUUCAAUGACAGACACUAUUUUAUCACUCUUCUCCCCUGCUAUUCCCCACCCUACUCCCUCACACCCCAACUUUUUUUCUCCUUGA